AGGUCGAGUGGAGUAGGAGUCGAGUGAAUACUAAUCGUGAGAGAGAAGGAACGAAGGGAUAAUUUAGAUUAUUUUCAACGUUGCAAUCUAUCUUUUCGCAAUGAGUACCGUCGAAUAUGGUUUUCCAAUGAUAGGCGGAUUAAUGCCGCAAAUACAAGCCCUCAUUGCACCACCAAUAUCCGAUGACUCAAAGGCGGCGAAAGCAAAGAAGGAAAAAGAGGAGAAAAAGCAUCCGUACUUCAAGAGACGAGGUCGUGGUCAUAAUCGUGACUUCUGCGACGCUUGUAAAGAUGGUGGAGAGCUCAUAUGCUGUGACAAAUGUCCAGCUUCCUAUCAUUUACAGUGCCACUAUCCAGCAGUAGAUCCGACAGAUAUUCCUAAUGGAGAAUGGUUGUGCUAUGCCUGCCGUUGUGCCUCUAAAAGGGAGGAACUUUUUGAUGAAAAGGGGAAUGAGAAGAAAAAGAGAUCAGCUCUAGAAGUAUUAACAUUGGCGGCUUCUCUGGUAAAUCCAAGAGAGUUCGAAUUACCUAAGGAGUUACAGUUACCUAUAAUGUUUCCUGGAAGCAAUAAAGUGGAUUAUGUAACUGGCAGAAGAGGUAAACCACCAAGCUCAUCAUAUAACAAUGUUGGAAAAAGUCAUUGUUUGGAUAGCAACUUAAUGGUUCCAUUGCCAGCACGUUUAUGUUAUGAAUGUAGACGUAGUUGCAGAAAAGCGCCAUUAAUCGCUUGUGAUUAUUGUCCGUUAUAUUUUCAUCAGGAUUGCUUGGAUCCACCGUUGACUGCCUUUCCUAUCGGCAGAUGGAUGUGUCCAAAUCAUCCGAAUCAUUUCAUAGAUCAGCAUCUGUUGACUUCUUGUAGAGUGACAGAACGCAUAAAGCUCUGGGAUAAGUAUGCCAAUCAACGAAUAGAUCAGCAUGCGGUGAAACUAGACUUUUUACGUAAAGCGCGGGCUGCCAAUCCACUAUUUCGCACAAAGGUGAAAUUGGAAGGUCGUCCAAGAAUAAAAGUUCCUUGCAGCAUCAAAUUCCAUUAUGAGCAUCCGCCGCACUUAGAUCCUGUACAUUCUUAUCAAAAUAGUCUUAUAUGGCCUGUAAACAAUAUUAGUGCCAAGACAUUACCAUGUCUCCAAAUUACAGAUGAAGAAGAGCAACAGAAGACAGAUGUCGAGAAAAUAGAUAGCAAAGAUAAUUGUAUAGAAGAUAAGAAAACUGAAGAAAUUAAUGAAGCAAAAAUGAAAGAGAAAUAUAAUACUACUCCAGAUGAGGGAAGUGAUCAACAAAAAGUAUCAAAUGUGAGUGAAGACACAAAUAAAGCAGAAAGUGAAAUGAUUGAAACUGUGACGGAUAAUUCUAAUGAAUGUAAUGAUCACAAUUUUUAUACGAGUAAUGAUGGUUAUAAUAUUAGAGAAGGUAUUCAGUUGUUAGAAAGACCAGUAUUAGAGGCAUUAGCUCAACAGAGACUCGAGCAAAUAUUAAAUCCAAAUGGAGAAAGUUAUAAAAGAAUAAAUUGUCAUAAAAGAGCAAGAGCUGCAUUAUUUUCUUUAAGCCCUAAGCCUAAUCCACCAGCAUUCAUGACUCAUAAAACCUUCAUUAUUGGCAAUGGUCCGAAUUGUGAUCUAGUUUUGUCAAAUUAUGGAAGCUGUGGAUUCACAUCCCCUAGACACGCAGUUAUAUUUUUCGAUGAAGUGACCAAACAUUAUGAAUUACUUAAUUACAGCGAAUAUGGAACGGUUGUAGAUCACGUGCUGUAUUCUUGCGAUUGCACUCGUGUUUUAGAAGAGCAAAUAAAAGAGGAAAAGACUGAUAAAGUAAUAUGCGUCACUAAGGAGGAAGAAACUUCUGAUAUAAUAAAAACAAUUCUGCACAAGGAAAAAACUUGUUUAGAAGAAAAUGUGCACACGGAUGAAAGAAUAUUAUGCAAGUGUAAUAUAAAACGUGAUUCAAGCGAUCUGGAAGAGGGAUGGGAAGGAAGUGCAAUCAUUGCCCAUGGUUCGACUAUUAGUUUCGGAUGUCUCAUGUUCGUAUUUAACACAUUAGAUAUGUAUGUAGAUAGAUGA